UUACAACACUUCCUAAUGUGCAGUCAAGUCGGGCUAGAAGAUGAUUGUUUCUUUUAACGAUUUUUCCGUGAAUCACUUGAACUAAUGUGACAAUAAAUCACAUAACCAGUGUUGUGAGAAGCGAAUUUUAAGAAUACAUAGCAGGUUCACCAGCAGUCUUGAAGAUCACAGAGUUUUUGGCUCCAGAACAUGAAGGUACCGAGGCGUGGAAUAUAUAAGUAAGGAGAAUGUCGGUUCACUAUAAAUUUAAAUCCACGUUGGAUCACGAUACGGUAUCUUUCGAUGGACUGCAUAUUUCUGUAGGUGACUUAAAAAAGGCCAUUUUUCAUCAGAAGCGUAUUGGAAAAAAUACCGAUUUCGAUCUUCAAAUUACUAAUGCGCAAACAAAAGAAGAUUAUACAGAUGACAGUACAUUGAUUGCCAAAAAUACAAGUCUCAUCGUAGCUCGUGUACCAUUAUUGGUACAACCAAAACGCUCGUGGGAUCGCAACGAGGCAGUUCCAUUUGGCAAUUCAAAAGAGGAAGCCAGUGUAGGACGAGCCGUUUCUGACCUGACGCUGCUCGAUGGCUCCGAAGGAGAUAAAAUUCGUACCAUGAUGUCGCAAUCUACCCAAGAUUAUGAUCCAUCGAAUUACAUGAAAAUACGAGGGGCCAAUCAAACUGGAGAAGUACCCACGAAUUACAGGUGUUUUCGGUGCCAUCAACCUGGACAUUGGAUUAAAAAUUGCCCUCUUGGAGGUACUAGUCAAGAUCCAAUAGAAAUCAAGAAAAGCACCGGUAUUCCCCGCAGCUUUAUGGUACCAGUGGAUGGUCCAUCAGUUCCUGGCGCCAUGAUGACUCCGACAGGGCAUUAUGCUGUUCCUGCGAUUGACCAUCAAGCUUACAAAGAAGGUAAAAAGGAGAAGCCUCCUUUUUCUCAGGAUCCGGAACCUGUAGUUGAGAAACCGGAAAUUCCGGACGAUCUACUCUGCAACAUUUGCAAGGACCUCAUGACUGAUGCUGUCAUGAUACCUUGUUGCGGAAAUUCUUUCUGUGAUGAAUGUAUCAGAACAUUCCUCUUGGAGUCGGAGGAUCACGAGUGUCCUGAUUGUAAUGACAAGGACAAUUCCCCAGAGACUUUGAUUCCUAACAGAUUUCUCCGCAAUGCGGUUUCAAACUUUAAGAAUGAGACUGGUUAUGCCAAAAGGCCAAUUGAGAAGCCACCUAAAGCCAAACAAGAAGCUCCGGUGCAACCGCCAAAGCCGGAAAUUCAAGUUGCCGAGGUUCAGGAUGGAAAACUCCAAACUGAAAGUGUUGAGACGUCGUCUCAAGAAACUGUUGAACCGCAACCGAUUCCUGUUGAACCUCCUAAGGUGUUAAAACCAGCUCUCUCAACGAUGAUUGCUGAAUCCGCUUCUGAAGCCGUGUUGCAAAGUGAAAAACUAGCGAAAAUACACACCGACGAUGAGUCGGAAGUUCCUCUUCCACCUGGAACAGAACCCUUGUUACCAAUACCUUCAGCUAAAGAUUCGACAGAUAACGAUAAAAAGGAAAAAGAAGAUGAUCAUCCAAAGGAGAAACAUCACCGAGAACGUAGACGCAGUUACAGCAGGGAUAAUCAUCGCGAGAGAAGCGGGGAUCAAGGUCGUAGGCGGGGAGGUUUACGAAAAGUGAAUCGAAGACGAUCUUUGUCUCCCAGGCAAUCACACCAUGGAGAUUACCAAGGUGGUUCGGGAUCUCACAUGAUGAACCCACCACACUCCAAGGGAUAUUCCAAUCAUCCAGGAACCGACGGUCACUAUCAGCACCAUUCUCACUAUGAUUCUGGUAUGCGAAGGUCAACUGAAGAACGACCUGGAACGCCUACUGUGGACGAGCCUCAUUUACAUCCACCACCUGUGAAUCAGCCACCCUUAUUGCCUUUUCCACCUGGUGAUGAUAGAGUGCCGCCUCCGACUUACAGUCAACCACCACCUAAUAUGGUUCCUCAUAAUGCGCCACUUUUGCCAGAUCCUUACAUGGGUCAUCGAAUGCCUAUGUAUCCUCCACAUCAGCAACCAGGUCCUCCAUACGUACCACCUCCUCGUUUCGAAAGACCUCCAUAUCAGCAAUACGGAGGAGCAAGGCCUACACAGCCUCCGAGAAAUUUCAACGGUCCACCGAGACCGAGAGGCAUGCAUAAUCCUGGUUACAGAGGUAUGCAGCCGCCACCUCCUGGAUUAGGACGAAACAUCCAUAAUGGAAAUCAAGGAGUUAUCGACGAUCCUUUGGAAGCAUUUGAGCGAAUGUUAAGGGAAAAAGAUGAGAGAGAUCGGAGAAUGGGAAAGCAUCGGAGACGCACUCGAAGUAGGUCUAGAUCACGUAGUUACAGUAGAUCUAGAUCAAGAUCAUUUGGUCGCAGAUCUCCGCCACCAUCGAGGAUUAGCCGAUCAAGAACGCCGCCAAAGAGGCGAGUUUCGAGAUCGCCACCUCCGCUUAGACGUAGUCGUACGCCCAUGAAGCGGAGGUCACGAAGUGGAAGCUUCUCGAUCAGCAGAUCUAGGUCCUUUUCGCGGAGUCAGUCACCCCGAGGCUCUAUUACCCGUGACCGAGAGAGGGACAGAGAUCGCGAGCGAGAUGCGCCUCCGAGGUAUAGAUCACCAGCUAGAUCUCCUCCGCCAAGAUUCCACAGGGACAGAGAGCGUGAACGUGAUCGUCCCAAAUCGCGUGAGACCCGUGAGCCAUUUAACACUUAUAACUACAACGAUCCUCCAGCUCAGGAGUAUCCGUUCAGAGAUCGUGAUAGGGAUCUGCCACCACGAGAUAGACCAAUAUCACACAGAUAUCCGCCCAGGAAUCAAGUGCAACACAAUGUACCACCAAUGAUGCCUCCCAUAGGAGCUGGAGGUCAUCCGCCGAUUUUGCCGAUGGGACACCUACAACCGGACAGGAAAGACUAUUAUGAUUCCUACAACAGAUAUCCACCUGGCGCACCACCUCCAAGGUACAAUAGUCCUCAUAGGGAACCACCUCACAAAAGAUUUGACGAUGUCGCACCACCUGGAACAGAAGGGUAUUACGAUUUGCCUCCUCCGGGUGUAGAUCAUCCGGAAAGACCUGCAGAAAGAUCUCACGCUCCUAGAGAACCAACUUCUAAAAAUACAGAGCCGGAAGAACGUGAGAGAGUCCCUCCGAGAGAAGAAAGGACACGAGAUCGUGAAGAAAGAAUUCGUGAGGAUAGAGGUCGUGAAAGAGACGACAGACGUGGAGAAAGAGAUGAUCGGGAAAGACCACCGCCUUUAAUGAAAGAGCGUGAUGAGAGGAUUAGGGAAAAAGAUGAUAGGGAUAGGAGAGAUAAAGAUCGAGAUGAGAAGUACUCUCGACGAGAUGACGAGAGGUCAUUUGAAAAAAGAGACUUUGAAAAGGAUCGUUACCGAGAAGAAAGAGACCGACACAGAAUAGAGGACAAAGGUCGCCCGCGGGAGAGAGACAGGGACAGACACGGAGAAAGAAGAGACAGAGAUUAUGACGGAGAUAAAGAUCGCGAUCGUCACGAUCGUUACGAAAAGCCCUCCACCGACAGGAAGAAAAGCAAGCGAAGUCCAAGUCCAUACGUGUCGAAAUCCAGGACUGAAGUAAAAGAUACAUCGCCCGACCGUUCAAGAAAGAAGGAAAGGGAUCAUGAUGAAAAGCCAGAGGAGAAGAAGAAAGAGAAAAAGAUCAAGGACAAAAAGAAGAAGAAAGACACCGAGGAGAAAGAAAAGAAGAAAAAGAAGAAGAAGGAGAAGAAAUUGAUUCAGAAAGAGGCCCUUAAAGAGGAACACACAAAAGUCGCCGAAAUUGAAGCUAAAAAUGGCGAGAAGGUCGAAGAAGUGUCUGCUCUUCUCAAUGUCGAAAGCAUCAAAGCCGAAGAACCUGUUGAGGUUCCGCCCACUGAAACUCCUAUUCCAGUCGAAGAAUUUGAAGAAAAAUCUCUAGCAAUGAAUCCCGAGCCUCCCGAAGUCAAUGAAGCAACUCCACCUAAGAUAGAAGAAUCUGAACCUGGUACGAAUCCUCCGAAUCCUAAUUUUAAACCCAUUCCUGAGUUGAAAGCAGAAGUGAAAACGGAACCAAAAACGGAAGUUAAGCCAGAGGAGAGUCUCUAUGGUGGGUUGGAAGACACAGAAAUAAAUACCGCGAUCGCUGAAAACUAUGCAGUCCUUUCAGAUGGUGAAAUUGACGAGAGUGAACCAGUGGUCGAGUCAAAGUCUCCAAAGAAAGACGAGUUCUUAGCCCCAGUACCUGAACUUUCCAAAUGGGAAAGGGACGAGACAACAGAGAGAGCAGAAGGUGCUCCUGAUUCCGAGGACGGAGAAGAAUCUGACGAAUCCAAGGCCAAAGUGACUUCAGAAGUUCUCAAGAGGGCGGAGAACGUGAUAUUCCAGAAGGCCAUAAACGCCUUGAGGCCGAUCGAGAUAAAGAAGAUUAGCGAGAGCAGGAAGAUUCUGUAUCAGAAUCCAGAGCCGAAGAUUGAAUCUGAACCACCUCGGGAGCCGAGAAAGAGUGUUAACGUGACUAUAAAUGUGGGAAGGAAUGAGAGAAAUGUAGAGAUUAGCGAACCUGCGAAGAAGGCGAAACUAGAUCGUUCGAAAUUCAAACCAGUGCCGGAAACACAUUCACCGACGAGGCUCUCGGCGAAGGAGAGACUCGGGGACAAGGUGGAAGAUGAGAAGGAAAGAAAGCCAAGUCCAAAAGUGAAGAAUGAAACCCGAAUACGAAGUGGAUCUCCUAGAUUGGUGCGAGAGAGGAGAAUCUCUCCUGCGGUAGAAAAACGAUUGGAACCACUCCCAGUGAAUACUGAGAGAAAAGUAUUUUUGGAAGAGAGGAAAAAAGAGAGGGAUCGAACUAAAGAUCCGAGGAUUCGUCAAGAAUUGAGAAUAGAAAGAGAGCAGAAGGUGGAUCCAAGGCCGGACUUGAGAGCAGAUUUAAGAGCUGCUAAAAUUGAAAGGGAAGAAAAAUUGAAGGAGAGAGAACGUGACAGGACUCCACCAAUUGCCUUUAGAAAGGUCGAUUUCCCCAAGGCAGGUCGAAAGGAGGAGGAAGAUGACAGAGAGAAGGAUAAAGAUAAGAAACGAGACAGGAAACGAGAUGACAAAAAGAGGAAGAAGGAACAUCGAAGCAGAAGUAAGUCCAGGGAGCGGAAGAAGAAGAAGGAGAAGAAACACAAGAAGGACAAGGAAAAGCAUCCGGAGAAGAAACAUAAGCACAAGGAAAAGAUGACUUCGGUGGAGAAAUCUGAAGGGAAUGAUGAUAAACCGGGAGCGGAAAAUUCGGAAGCACCUGCAGCAGAUGCUGCGAAGAAGCAGAGGAAGAAUCCAAGACUUGUUUCUGAUCGCAAGAGAAGUAUGUUGGAUGAGUCGAGCUUCGAACCUGAUUAUUCGGCAACUGAUUCGGAAUCGGAAGCUGAAGAGAAGGUACCUACGAAGAAAGCAAAAUUGGAUGAAAUACAGGCGGAGAAGGAGAUUGAAAGUAAGUCGAAGAAGAGGGCGAAGUCGCCUAGUUCGGAUGAGGAAUCUAGCAGUACAGAGAGCUCUUCCUCGGAGUCAGAGAGUUCCGACGAGUCUCAUCGGAAGAGGAAGAAGAAGCACAAGAAGCACAAGAAGAGGAAAUCGUCGAGAAAGGAGAGUAGCUCGGAUACUGAUAGUUAUUCGGAUUCUUCGGAUUCGAGUUCGGAGGAAGAAAGACAUAGGAAGAAAUCGAAAAAGUCGAAGAAGAGCAAAAGGAAGAAGAAGAAAUCGAAGCACAAAUGA